GCAUCGCGUUGCCCACUCGUCGGCAGUGGCGGCCGAGGAAUAAAUUUCUCCUUCUAAAGUACUCCUCACACGAUUGUCCACAGUAUAACGAACGAUAAUCGUGCACGAAAUGGAUGAACUAUCCAGAUAUUACUAGCACUUAUACCGUACCUAACCUACCACCGUGGCCGUGGUGCGACUGUUAUAAUAACACCAUAGAUCGCGAAUUUUUUUUUUUAUUAUUAUUUGAUUUAGUUUUCGUUUUCGUUCCAGUAUUAAACAAUCGAGUCAUUCGAGUUUUGAAGUAAAGUGUAUAUACAACAUACUAAAGUGGUUUAAAUCGUGCAAAUAUGAAUUCUUGGACGUAUACCGCUGCUAGAAGUAUAAUUCUGUUCCUGGCGUUGUUCAUGUGUUUUGUCGCAACUCAAAGUCAGACAGUCAUCCCUAGAACUGGCCAUAAGCUAAACGAACCACAAGGUGGUGAUUUAGUGAGGCAGAAUAGCAUUACACAGCAAAUACUGGCGCAGUACCUGCAAAAGCGUCUGAACAGGGCGGGCGGGAGCGUGCAACAAAUCGGUCUGCCACAGUUGUUAUUGCCGACCGACGGCGGAAACGAUUUGACGGCCAGUGUCGUCGGUAUAAAUAAUAAAAAUAUUCAGAAAAAUGUCGCCGAAAAUCUUUACGACGGAAGUCCCGAUGACGAUGACGGUAUCAUCGGAGAUGAUGAUGCUCGAUAUUAUCAAGGUGAAUGCAGCAAUAACAAUUGUGUUGAAGACAGCGCUUCUGUCAUAAAUAAGUGGUCACUGCCACUUUUACGAUCGGGAGAUAAAAAAUUAUACUUGGGAAUAUUUUUUAAGGCUAAUUGGUAUAAAGCCGCACAAUAUUGCAGAUAUCAUGGAAUGCAUUUGGCAAGCAUAAGUAGCCAAGAAGAGAAUGACAAGUUGGAAAAAUACAUUAAAGAUAAUGGUUUAGGCCAUGAACACUUUUGGACCUCUGGUACAGAUCAAGCAGAAGAAGGAUCAUUCUUUUGGUUGGCCAAUGGCCGACCAAUUGGAUACACUAACUGGAAUGCUGGCGAACCAAACAAUUUUAAAUAUGAAAAUGGUGAAGAGGAACAUUGUUUAGAAUUAUGGAAUCGAGAUGGAAAAGGUUUAAAAUGGAACGAUUCGCCAUGCUCAUUUGAAACCUUUUUUGUAUGUGAAAUGUGAAGAACUAAAAAAACAUCAUUAGGAAUAAUUCUAUUAAAAAUUGUACUAUAAAAAUAUUGAGCAUUACUAUAAUUUAUAAUUUUAUCACAUUAUGAUUAAUUUGUAAAUAAUUGCAUUAGAAAAAUCUCUCAAUUUAGACAUAAUUAUUUAAAUAAAAAAGUUUCUAAACUAAUUAUUACGAUAUUGUAUCACGUAGUA